CUAUAAAACCGCAGAUUCGGUGCGAAGUACGGUGAGACGAACCCUGCAGCUAACGGCUAAAGCUAACAGCCUCGCGCACACACACACUGACACGCGCACGGGCGUGCACGGUGGGGCUCCGUGCGUGCUGGGUUUAACGCGCUGCGCGUGUUCGGGGGUGUUUUGUGUAUUUUUAUUUUGUCCGGGCUCGUGCGUUAGCUCCGUGCUAGCUACUUCCUGUGUGUUAGCCGUUAGCAGCAGUUUAGCGGUGGUUUGAAUUAUUCAUGAGGACGGCCCGGGAUUGGUGGAGUCAGCGCUGGGGGCGGGGUUACACAUGUACAUAAACAGGUCUAUUUGUGUCACACAUGCGCAUGCGCACGGAGACGAGCUGAGGAAGGAGGAGGCGCAAUCGCUGUGAUUGGCAGACGGGUCCAAGAUGAUCAGGAUGUCAUUGGACAAAGACGCCAUCCUUCCCCUGGAGGUGCCAAUCAAAGUCAGCCCCGCCUUCCCUCCUACAGCCAGCCUGUCAGAGCCGCCGCAGCUCACCAAGUCCCGCCCAUUCUGCACCAAAAAUGGCCUCCAGUCGUGCGGUAACGCCACGGUGCCGCCUCAGCGAAUGGGGAAGAGGCGCUACUCCAUGGGUGUCGGCUUCAAGGGGCUGGCCAAGCGCCGGCGCCACACCACCAGCGACAGCCAAUCGGAUCACAUACUUCCGAGUCACUUCCUGUUGGGCGGGAACAUCUUUGACCCGUUGAACCUGAACUCGCUGUUGGACGAAGACGUGAACAGGGCGACCAAUCAGGAGACGCCAAAGUGUUCGCCUCUGCCCACGAGGGGCGGAGCCCCCGUGGAGAUCCUGGUCCCCCGAGACAUCACGGACCCCCUGAACCUGAAGGGAGGGGGGGAGAGGGGGGCGGAGGGAGGGGCGGUGCUCCUGUCACCCCUAAAGAGGCGGAGACACCGGAACCGCCACCACGGAGGGGGAGGGGCAGGGGGAGGAGACACGGACAAGGAGGCGGUGCCUGCCCGACUGUUUCCAGCUCUGACAGUUCCUCUUCUGUCCAGAGAGGGCAGUGUCCCUGUGUCUCCGCUCCCCUGUGAACUCAACACCGCCAUCACCUGUCGAGAUGAUGUGGUCCCACCCCCGAUCUUGCCCAGAAGACACACCCACCCUCCUCCAGGCCACACCUCUAAGCCCUGUCACCAGCGGCGACGGCGCCGAACAACCUCCACCCGGUCGGCAGACGGUGCCAAUGCCCACGGGGUUACCACGGCAACGGCGGCAUCUCAGCCAACCAAAUUCCAGACGCCGCUGGUGGGAGGGGCUAAAGGCAGCAGGUGUGGCGGAGCUGAGUCGGGCUGUACUCGGACACCACAGAAGAAGAAGGACAAACACCGCUACCAGUACGGAAACCGCAGCCGUUACUAUGGAUACCAGGGUUUCUACGGCGACCGGAGGGAGGGCCGCGUGGGGGCGGAGGACGACCCCCGCCUGCGGCUGCUGGAAGCCGAUUGGUUCAGGGACAGGAAGGUGCUGGACGUGGGCUGCGGCGCCGGUCACAUGACGCUGGCCGUGGCCCGGAGGUUUAACCCCGCCCACAUCCUGGGGGUGGAGCUGGACAGACGGCUGGUGCACGCGGCCAAUCAGAACAUCAGACACUUUAUGUCACAUGAUCUGGUUGUGGAGGAGAGGAGGAGGGGCCGAGCGCUCCUCCAAUCAGCCACCUCUGCACAUGGGGCGGCGGCCGAAGGCGAAGGCGAGGUGGAGACGGGGGACUUUGAGGACCUGAUGGAGGACUUCCACUCCACCCUGUCCCUGCGGUCCUUCCCCACCUCCUUCAGAGUCACCCGGGGUCCUCUCUCAGCUCCGCCCCUCCUCCUGUCGGCUCCGCCUCCGUCUGUUCGUUUCCCAGACAACGUCACCUUUGUCCAGGGCGACUACGUGUCAGAGCAGGAGGUGUGGCCCGGGCGGGGCCAGUAUGAUGUCAUCUUGUGUCUGGGCGUCACCAAAUGGGUGCAGCUGCAGUCGGGCGACGGGGGCGUGGUCAGACUGUUCAAACGGGCCUAUCAGAGCCUGUCGUCGGGCGGAUUAUUCAUCCUGGAGCCGCAGCCGUGGAGCAGCUACGGACGAAGCAAGAGGAUGUCGGAGCUGACGCUGGUGAACUCCAGGAGUGUGAGGCUGAAACCAGAACAGUUCACCAGUUUACUGACAGAAGGAGUGGGAUUCACCUCCUAUAGGCUACUGACACACACAGGUAACCAGCGUCCCAUCUACCUGUUCCACAAAGGCCACACCCACAGGAAGUAAUGGGACUUUAUCAUCCUGCUGUUUCCAUGGUGACGACCACGAACUGUGAUCCCGGCCGACUGACGACGGGACAAAUGUGAUUGGAUGACACAGCCGUCGUCUCACAGCUGAUUGGCUGGACUGUUGGAGACUGUGAUUGGCUCGUUAGGACGGAGCCUUCUGGACCUGGACACUGAUUGGUGACAAACAGGAAGAGACACGUCUUCAUUUCACUUUGGAUUGAGGUUUUUUAUUUUUUUCUUGAAUAAGGAUGUUGAACAAGCAGCCGAGUCUGAAAUGAAAAAGUCGCAUAACAGGACAGAGUUUGGACGAACGAGUGGACCUGGAGCUUUCAGACACAAACCUGCGCUUUUUUGUAAAGUCUGCCGUCAUGAUUUGUAAAAAUAAACUCCGUCUA